AUGACUUGUGACAUUGUUGCAGCCUCCACAAACGACUGUAUAAUUCAUACUCAAACAAAAGGCCGAUUCACCCUGACUGGGAAAGUACAGGAAGGAGACUGCUCAUUCUCUAUCAGCAAUGCCCAACCAGCCGAUCGAGGGGUCUAUGAAUUCCGAAUUGAAGACGGAAACCAUAAAUAUUCCUAUAUUUGGAACCAUCUCUUUGUGAGUGUGACAGAUCUACCAGAACCUACUAUAUCCCCUAUAGGGGAGCUGAUCGCUGGGAAGCCAAUAACACUGACUUGUACGGCUCAUCCAGCACCUCAAGGGUGCAAGGGAAUCAUCACAUGGGGAGGAAGGAUAAACAUAGAGAACAUGUCUAACUAUGAGCGGGAGGAUCAGGCUGGUAAAGUCACCUCCAUAUCAGAUAUCACUGUUACUCCAUCCCAGAGAGAGCACAAUAGCCCCCUAACAUGUACAGUGACUUACAGUGGGGUCUCCACUAACAGCAGCAUCACCCUGGGUGUUCAGUCUCUCGCAAAUGACACAAUAAAAAUCACAGAAUUAAUGUUUUGUGGGAUAUUUGUCUUACUCCUCGCUGCCAUAGUCAUCGUUUUGAUGAUGAAAUACAAGAAAAAGAGGAGGCCACCAGAGCAGACCGAAGAAAGUAAAAGUUCAUCACCAAAUUGUCAUGAAGUGGUUUACUCCCACAUAGAAAGAAGAUCUGAUGUAAGAAUCUGUUAUUGUUCUUACUGCCUUUUUGCCUGUUAUUAUUUACCAUAAACUCAACAUGAAUUGCUGAA